GCGUCUUUUUCGCUUGAAAGUAAUGUGAGCACAGUUAUUUGCGCGGCUGUAGUUGCUAAUAUUGCUGUAAUUCUUGAAGUGUCGCUAGGAUGUAUCGCGCAUCUCGCCUGUUCAAUUCAGCCCAUCAACCUUGCUGUAUCUAACACCCUUUCACUUGCUCCCACUCGGCGAAAAUUAAGUUAGGUGCCCACGAUGGAGUUCGAGGACCCGCUAGACCUCGCACAGGUCGCUAUUAUGCGGGUUGCAGACAUUGCCUCACUGCUGGGUGUGAGGCAGAAACGGCCGUUAUGCGGUCGACUAGGCGCGGAGCUGCUGCUAGUUGUGGACUACUUGAACACCGUCAGCUUGGACCAGGAGGAGUUGCUGCGGGUACGCAUCUGGAAGUUAUUAAGAGAUGUUGAAAGAAUUUGUUGCUGGCCUCAAAAAAUAUCAGCGUUUGGCAAUCCACUCCUGGAAGCCAUAUCACAUACGCUACCGGGCUCAUCACGGUACAACAGGUCCCAGGAGGCGAUCCAGCAGGGACUCGCAAAUAUCACAUCUGGGACUGGCGUCGCGGCAGAGAAUGCCAUCCUCCAUAUUCAGAGAUUCAUGAAGUCGAAAAACACAAAGCACGAAGCCGACCAGGACAUUACCACGAAGAGGAAAAUCCCCGCCGACUAUCCAAGCGACAUCAACAUACUGGCUUAUAAUGUCUUGCAAGAACAUAUGUGUUGUACCUGCAAUGAAGGCUCUGUGCAAAAGCUACCCCGGAGACAUUUAGCCCAGCUGCUGCUGCUGCCGUCUUUGCACAAAAUCUCUGACCACGGCCAAGUACAAUUUGACAUUCUGUUCUCCUCCAGGCCAUUCUGGAAUGAAUCUUCGUUAGGCCGCUGGCAAGACGUGCAAUUACUUGUGCCGCAGGCUAAGAAGAGGCCAAAGAAACGUGCCAGAUUCUCUGAUCAUCACAGUAGCAGCCCAUCACUUCAAUCCUCACAGAAACCAAAACAAGUGGCCGAGGGCAAAUUCUGUGAUCUCCUCAGCUUGGAUGCGAACUCACGCAUCUGUCUCACAAUCCAGGAUGACAAGCUCCAUAAGUCCGGCUUCGAACCUGUAAAGCAGAUAGUCGAGCACCUCCCUGGUAUCUCGCUCGCUGAUAUUCUAAAGAACUACCACCUUACGGCCAGGAUGAAGCUUACGCUAGCCUACAUUCUUGCACAGUCCGUCUGGCAGUAUUAUGACUCAGACUGGAUGAAGACAACAUGGACGAGUAAGACGAUAUAUUUCAUGAAAGAGGGUAAGGGCAAUACCUCCAGCAAACAAGGCAAUUUGUAUGCGUGGAAGCCCUACAUUUCUGUUCGAUUUGGUGAUGCGAAUCUCGAGUCAAGUGAAUACAGUAACAUCGAUGGCGAGAUACACCACUACCCAAGAGUUCGAGCGCUUGGGAUCAUGCUGGUCGAAAUCGGCGUUGGAUCACCGCUUCACAGCAGCGAUCAGGAGCGUCAAGGCCAGCCACCAGCUGCGAAGAUCAACGAGGACUUGCUAUUGGCUACGCAGUACUCAAAGGAUGAGUGGCGUUGGAAAGAUUGUGAUUAUCCUAAGUACUUAAGCGCGGUUAAGCAUUGUUUGGACCUUGGGAUAUUUGCCUCAGCACCCUGUAUGAGUGAGCUGGGUGAAAAGGGGGACGCAGAAGGUCUCAGACAGCGGAGGAAUAUCUUGUAUGACAAGGUUAUUUUUCCAUUGGAGGAGGUGCUGCAGGGGACUGGGUGGAUGGAACAAUUGACGACAAUUGGUCCUCUAGAGACUCCCAUCAAAAAUUUUAGUACACAGCUCAUUGCCGAAAAUCCCUCUACUACUGAUACACUACUUCCACCGCCGAAUCAGAAAGCCCCCAAGAAAAUUAGAACGAAGAGUGAAAAGGCUGCGAUAAAGUGGCUCUCGCGGAUGCAGCAUCUAAACGAAGAGUUGGUCAGCAGAAACCCGCCAAUGGAACCGAAUAAUUCUCCCGCACCUGUCCGAAUUGCUGUGCUAGAUACUGGAUACGAUGACCGUGCCAUAUUUACCUUCCAACAGGACAAUCAGCAUCGACUCAAAGGAUGGAAGGACUGGGUCGACCAGUCUGAUCAGCCAAAGGAUUUUCAUGGACAUGGCACUCAUUUGGUAUCUUUAGUUAUGAAAAUUGCGCCAAAAGCACAUAUGUAUAUAGCGCGUGUCGCUAAAAGUCCUAGUGAUCUCUUGACCUCGAGCGAGAAUGUCGCAAAGGCGAUUUCCUGGUCGAGUAUAGAGUGGGAAGCAGACAUAAUUUUAAUGUCAUUUGGAUACAAAGAGGAGCAGCAAUGUAUCAGCGGAGCUAUCCGCAAAGCUUUGCAGGAACGCGAAGACUCCAUCCUCCUUUUUGCGGCGGCGUCAAACUCUGGGGCAAACGAGAAAGAGAUGUUUCCCGCAAGACACGACUCCGUCAUCUCCAUCCGCGGCACCAAUUCAGAUGGUGACUUUCAAGAUUUUAACCCCCCUCGCAACCAGAAUGAGGAGUCAACGGUCGGCACUCUGGGCGUAGACGUCCCGUCUGCAUGGCUGAGCGAUCACGACGAUGAAGUCUACAAGUCUGGCACCUCGAUCGCAGCUGCAGUGGCGGCGGGUAUAGCAGGCACUUUGCUGAGUUAUGUAGAUGGCAAAUCGAAAGAAAGUACAUUCCAAGACGUAAACAAAAAGCUGCGGACACGGCACGGAAUGCAGGCAGUUUUUAGAGCUCUUGCCAAACCGACGCAGAAGGAGCGUUGUUUGUAUUUGGCACCAUGGAGGCUCAUGGGCCAGUCUGACGAAGUACGAUGGGCAAUUUUGGUGGCCGCACUAUCUGAUAUAUAUUGAUACCUAGGGUAGUUUGGGGUUGAUUCCUUAAUCUUUACUAUGUUGCA